CAGGUGAACGUCAUGCCCUCAGCCAUCAGAGUGAUCCUUCUGGAGAACCUGACCCACUUCUGGCCUCUCAUACAGGUCAAGAUUAAGCGUUGCCAGCAGGGUGGGAUUGACACACGUGUACAUGGCAUUGAGGUCCUGGGGCCCAAGCCCACCUUCUGGCCAGUUUUCAAAGAGCAGCUGUGCCGGCGCACAUACCUGUUCUACACCACCAAGGCCCACACCUGGUGCCAGGAGAUCUCUGAGGAUCGGCUCCAGCUGCUGCAGCUCUUCAACAGGCUGAACAGCGCACUGCGGCAUGAGCAGGUGUUUGCCGAUUGCUUCCUUCCUGAUGAUGAGGCGGCCCAGGCUCUGGGUAGGACCUGCUGGGAGGCCCUCAUCAACCCACUGGUGCAGAGCAUCACCAGCCCAGACCCCAGCGGCAUCAGCCCUUUGGCCUGGCUCCUCAGUGAGUAUCUGGAGAACUCGGAGACAGUCCGACAUGCAAAGAGUCGUGCCACCAUCUUCAACUCCCGCGUGCGCCGCCUCAGCCACCUGCUGGUACAUGUGGACCCUGGCACUUUGGAGCCCAAGGAGCUGCGAUCGCCCAUCCGAGGCAAUGUGAAGAAUGGGAAGAACAAGGAGGCAGUCUGUGGAGCCGGGAACAUGUCAGGGAAGAAGCCUGGCAGCCUGGUGGGCAUCACACAGUGCUGGAAAGGUGUUGUGCAGCAGCAGGUGAAGCGGUUCCUGGAAACCUCAUGGCAGGCCCCAGACUUUGUGGAGCGCUACUGCAGUGUGUACCAGCGCCUGCAUAGCGCCAUGGAGGAGCUCUUUGGGCAGCAGAUGGCCUUUGCACUGGCCCUUCGCCAGGGCUUCUCGGGGGCGCUGCUGCAGCUCUCCUUCCUGACAGCCAUGCAUGUGAGUGAGCAGUUUGCCCGCUACAUCGACCAGCAGAUACAGGAGAGUCGCACUGAUGCGGCCAGUGUGGAGACACUGCAGCGGCUGCAGCGGAGCCUGGAGCCCAUCCUCUUCCUCUCAGGCCUGGAGCUCGCCAACACCUUUGAGCAUUUCUACCGGUAUUACCUGGGUGACCGGCUCCUGGCCCAGGGCAAGGUGUGGCUGGAGGUGGCUAUUGUGGAGCAGAUUGGGCUCUGCUUCCCCAACCGCUUCCCCCAGCAAAUGUUGAAGAACCUGAGUGAGUCAGCGGAGCUGCAGCAGCAGUUUCACCUCUUCCAGCUGCAGCAGCUGGACAAAUGUCUGCUGGAGCCGGAUGCAAGGCAGGAGGACCCAGAAGAUGAGGUGAUGGAGGAGGAGCCUUCCCUGCUGGCAGUGGAGCCAAAACUGCAGGUGCUGGCUCUGUCCCCACGCUGCUGGACCAUCUCUUCACUCUGCCAUCUGGAUGACCCCGGCCGGUUUUUCCCACCACCUCUUGCCUCCUACCUGGCCAAGUUCACUGACUUCUACACAAAGAGUCAGAACCGGUUUGGGCUGGAGCACAUGGAGCCACGGCACCUGCAGUGGACGUGGCUGGGCCACGCUGAGCUGCAGUUUGCGGAUAGCACCUUGCACGUCUCCACCUUGCAGAUGUACAUCUUGCUGCGCUUCAACAGUGCUGAGGAAGUUGCUGUGGAAACCCUGGUACAGGCCACAGGGCUGUCUCCGGUCCUGCUGAGCCAUGCGCUGAAACCCCUGACAGACAGGGAUGGGAUCCUAACUCAGAGCCACCCUUCUGGGGGGGUCCUGCAGCUGAAUGAGGCAGCCCUGUUGCAGAGCUCUGGCCAGCACCUGUGGCUGCUGCCCAGGCAGACGUACCUGAACGUGAAGGAGGAUGAGGGAAGCACCCUGGAGAGGAAGAGGAACAUCAUCUGCUGUCUCAUUGUCCAGAUCUUGAAGGGGGAGAAGCAGCUGCACAUCGAUAACCUUGUUUUCAGGGUGAUUGAUGCCUGUCAGAAGCGGGAAGCUGGGGCAGCUCCAAAGUUCCUGAGCUUCUACUGCAGCAGCACAGACGUGCUGUCAUGCAUCCUGCUGCUGCUCACCAGCCAGGGCUACAUUCGGCGUCUGGAGGACAGCCCCCAGCUCCUGGAGUACAUCUCUACAGAGCCCCUGCCAACCCCAUCCCCUCAUUGCCAGCCCCAUGUCACCUUCCAGACUGUGGAGAUCAAGAAGGUGCCAAGUGUAGCCUCUGCUGAGAAGAGACAGACCUUCUCCACAUUUAGGUAGAAAAGGUACAGGGCUGUGCAGGCACUGAGGCCAAAUGCCUGUCUGCAUAGCUGUGCUGCUUGUUCUGGUGGCAUGGCAAUUGCUAGGUUUUGGUGCAUUGGUUCUGCAGUCCUGGGCUUCUGGGAGCCACAAACACCUAGGGCAUGGAACAGCAACUCGGCCUUGGCCCCAGGCACUGCCCAUGGAUUCUGACACAUGAUUCCUAAGGAUUCCAGAUUUUUAAUUUAAAUAAAAGAACUUAAUUAUAUGGUCCAGCUAUGUGUGCUGGUCUGUGCAGGAGUCCCUGCUCCUCCCCGUGGCAGAGUUAGUAACCACUGCCUUAGGCCUGGCUCAGAGGAGCUUGAUGCCAGCAGCAGGAGCUGUGGGGUUCACCAGUACUCAAUUAAUGGAUUUUUUCCUUGCCCACUACGAGUGAAAAAUGGCAAUGUAUACAGCAAGAGUAUGAGCUAGUGUGAAAGGGGGCAGCCUUGGCCAACAGCCUUGCACAGUGUCAGCGACAGGCUUUGACACAACCUGAAACUCAGCCUAGCAUCUUGCCAAGACCCUAGCAUCUUGCCCCUAGCAUCUUGCCAAGACCCUUGGGGAUGUGGGGAGCAGGCAGCCCAUUGCCAGAUCUCACUUUAGCUCUUGGAGCCUAAGGUGACAGGCGCUGACCCCCUGGCCAUGGUCCAAGUCAGUUCAGCAUGCUUGCUGAAGAGCCUGGGGGCAGAGAGCAGUUCACCUAACUCCCUGACCCACGGAAGAGCCCAGCUUGCACAUGCUGCUUAUACUCUGAGCACGGUACCAGCAUUAAUUUAUUAAAAUGAAUCCAGAAAAGCAAACAUACAAUAAAGUUAAAAAAAAUAGAAUCUUGUAAAAAAGGGGGGUAACCCGCUGCCGUCCUGCCCCGCGGGCAGCACCGCCCCACAGUUUAGGUCUCUUGAGUUCAGUCAGGGACAGCCUUUACAGCUCAGGCGACUUCAGUUCCCAGGGUUUGGCCUGGCCACACAGCCCACUCACCUCACCCUCCAGGCCCCAGCAGAAAUGUGGUUCCUUAAAUGAGGGAUAUGUUAGCUGCUGCAGGCUGUUUAAAGAAGCUGCUCUACCCUGGGAAGAGCUUUCCAACCCCCCACCAAUACCAAUGUGUACAAGACUUCCUUGCCCCUGGCCCUCAGGUAGGUGCCACACCUCUGCAGCUCUUAUCCCUGGGGUGUGGCUGUAGGGUCUUACUAAUCCACUGCAGUACUUGAUGGUUGCCCCCAGCAGUGGGAAUGACUGGGCAGGGCAGAUGGGCCAGCAGCAGAAAUGGCAGUGGAAAGCUGUUACUUGAGCUUGGACUGGCUGGGCACGGUAAAGUGCUAGAGCCUUUUGCAGGCUCUGGGUAAGAUGUAUCCUAAGGUAGGUGGGUGGUGGGGGUGGGGAGAAAGUGGGGGGAUGGGAGGGGUACGUAAGGA